AUGACACUCUACACUCCCCAUCCCACGGGACUCGAAAUUCUCUCACCCUCCCAAGGCCGCACAUGUGGGUACAGGCCUUCUUCCCGUCCAACCUCUGUUUGGUGGUUGUUCCCACCCGCGAUGAGCGCGGAUUCCUUGGCAAGACCGUCGUCUCCAGCAGAGAGAAAAUCCGACAAGCACAUGGCAAAAGCGGAUGCAAUUAAUAUUUGCCUCAAUUAUGACGAAGCAAGGCUGACACAUAGAAACAUUGACAUUCGGCGUCGAGUCCCCAAUGGCCCAGGUACUCCCUGA